AUGCUAACUCGAUUCAUUUCAUCUAUUGCUCAACAUCAACGUUCGUUGAUAUCUACUUCGCUUCGUCUUAUAAACACAAGUGCACCAAGCUUGAGCGAUGGUGACCAUACACGAUCAGAAGCUGAAGAAAAGGCAGCGGCUGAUUUAAAAUCUCGAAAAGAAAAACGUUGGCUAGAUACAGUCGCUUCUGACAGUGAGGCGAUAGUCAAAGGCGAGAAGCAACAUGCGAAGAAACAAGGUGAUGAGAAGAAAGAUAUGAAUAAACUUCAAAAUGACACGAUCGACGCCAUUCAAGACAAAGAAGCGAAAGGUCAUUUACCAAAACACGAUGUGGGCCGACGUGAUACACGAAGUGAACGAAUAGGAAGUGGUGGUUCCACUGGUAGUAGUAGUAGUAGUAAACAAGGAAAGAAACGCUAA